AUGAACCUGAGCAGCAUGGCCGAUCUGAACCUGACGCUGUACUCGGGCGCCUUCAACUUCAGCCUCGGCCGGGCGCUGGACAUCCUGCAGCAGCACUACCGCAGCGACCGCGUCUUUUCGGGUUCCACCGAGGCCGGCAUCGUGGCUGCGUACGUGUUUCUCAUCACUUCGGGCGUCUUUUGCAACCUGUUGGUGUCCGGCGUGAUCCUGUCGCACGCCAAGGUGCGCACCAACCGCAACUUGUUCGUGGUCAACCUGAGCAUCUCGGACACGGCGCUGUGCCUCUUCUGCAUGCCCUUCACGGUGUACUCGCUGACGCGCAAGACCUGGCCGCUGGGUGAGCUACUCUGCAAGCUGGUGCCCUGCUUCCAGAGUGCCACCGUCUUCGUGUCGGCGGCCACCGUGUCGGCCAUCGCGUUCGACCGCCACCAGACCGUGGUGGCCGUGAACGUGCAGCGGCCAGAGGACAGCCGCCGCCGGGUAGCCUGGUACAUGGCCGCCAUCUGGAUCUUCUCGGUGGCGCUGUCGCUGCCCAUGUGCCUGUCGCAGAGCCUCCAGAAGGUGGGCUUGUCGCGCCGAUAUAUGUACGAGAAGUGCGUCGAACAGUGGCCCUCGCCUGGUGCCAAGCAGCUCUAUACCCUGGUCACCCUGCUCAUACAGUUCGUCAUACCCACCACGGCACUCGUGGUCACGCAUUUCCGCAUCAAGUCGCACUUGAGCUGCUCGGCCGCCUCGACGCCGGGAGCCUCGACCGCGGCGCCUGACAAGCGCGGCUACUCGGAGCGCCUGCAACGCGAACUACGCCGCAACCGGCGGGCCACCAUGGUGCUGCUCAAUGUUUCUGUCGUGUUCGCCAUAUCCUGGCUACCUUGGAAUGCCAUGAACCUGCUGACCGACUUUCACCUGGAGGGCAUCUCGCCGCAAAGGCUGUAUCUCAUCUUUGCUGUUUGCCACAUGAUCGCCAUGAGCAGCGCCACCACGAACCCCAUCAUGUACGGCUGGCUCAACACCAACAUCCGCCGAGAGCUGCUGGGAGUGCGCAACCGCGUUGGGCUCGUCUUCAGCACGCUGCGCGCCUCCAACAGCGAGAACAACCUACACACCUCAAUGGACGACAACAGCCGCACGGCCGUCACCGUCGACAAGAGCCGCUUAUGACGCGUCCCGCUAGGUUACCGGCGCCGCUCGUCGGCCGCGUCGUCGGUCUAGGCCUCACUCACCUGCUUCUCGAGGCAUUGAUAACGCGCCGUGGAAGUGCGCGACAUCGCGGAACCCUCCACAUUGCACGGACGCUUUUGAUGUGGGCGUAAACUGCUAUCUGCGCUCAACUUUACGCAAUGGACGGUGAAUAGAUUCCGAUGUCCCGUGCCGCUACCGGCUGAGCAAAACGUGAAAGCGGCAAUGUGCAUUGCUUCGUUGGACAAUUGGUGAAUGCUUUGCUCUCGUUUUCCUGUCUCUCUUGAGAUUUUAUUCAGCCGACACUUGCCGUCAACUUUACACGAGGCGCUGCACCAAUUGCUGGGCACAUAUUUACAGCAGUUCUGUGCAGCAAGCCGGCUUCGCCAUGAAUUACACUUUUUGGAAAAAAAAAUCACUCGCGUCCAGUGCCGGUCAUGUAUUUUACCCAUCCACAUCACCCUAUUCGAGCGAUUUGCAUGAAAUUGCCAUCAUUCAAAGAAUAAGUAUGCUGCUGUGUAAAUUCAUUGUGUAACUUCAUUGCUUACAAACGCGUCGUCGCUUAUAAGUCCAGUGAACUCACGAGAAGCUUUCAGAGAUAACGAUGUCGGUUGUCCUUGAUGUAACAUCGUCCACGUUGUGUCCAUCUCAUUUUUAGCCGCAGCUGAGCUAGGUAAAAUGGGAAUUGUGAGCACGGUACACUCAGCCACCAAGUUAGUGUGUAAAGAGGCCCAGGGUUGUUCACUGGCUGCACUAUGGAUGCUCUUCUGACCGAAUCGUUUUUGCUUGCAGUUAAGUGCGCACUCUACCCAACUGCUAUCCCCAAUCGCAGGGCGAGUUUUCGGAGUACGGCUGCACGUAAACUUGCCCUUUUUAAAGAAAAUGGAGAGGCGGCGUGCAUGAGCCGAUUUGUAGGCUCAUAGACUGCGUCUAUUUUACAGAACAAUAAAGAAAACAGAAGAGGAAUUAUGAAGCAGAAAAAGUGAUGUCCACUCGACAAAGGAAAACACUCAUGAGAUUAAUGCAAAUGCCCAAGCAAAAGGCCUCGAUGUGACCUACUUAGAUUUACUUAUACGGUACAGCAGCGGUCGCGUGCGCACUUAACACGUCGUCGGACGGCAGCAGCUGCUGACUUUACGAGUCAUGAUCAAGAGUGUUUUUUGAUUACUUCCUAGCAUCUCAUAUUCUCGGACUUCUCCACAGCGUCCGAGAAGCAGGAGCCGCCUUCUUCGCUCAGUCGGCGACUGGCGCGUCAUACAGCGGACGCACGCGACCGACGCGUGCGCUCAUGCUCGAUUGCGGAAAGUUCGUUCUCCAUAUCGCGCUUACUUUCGUGCUUUCACGCGACACGAUUGAGCACGCGCAGAGCUGAUGGCGGUACGGUGCGGGCACGUUAGCGACAGGCGCGCCUGCACCUUCGUAACUGUCGGCAGAGUGCGUCAAUUGAGGUACGCGCGCGAUGCGUCAUCGACGGGUCGUUAGUGUAUACGCCUCGCGUUGGUCCUGCGGAUUUUUUUAAUGUGUGUUUUGUGAGACGAAAGAACGUCACGCCGUUUUUGCGGGUGGCAACGUAUAUAAAGUAGAACUAGCUCACGGCUCAAGCUCUGCGCCUAUGUGCAGCAGCCCCAAACUAACGUGGGAGUUUGUUCAGCCUGAAUGAACGCGAUACAAGUUUCUUCUGUUCUCUAGGCAGGAUGUGCUUCUUUCAGCGGAUUCAACGUGUUUAAUGUUGGAUGUAAUUGGAUGUGGCGCAGACCACGCACCUCGUGCUGAAGGGCAGUUUGGCGCCACGUUUAGCUCUAUCCUCCUCUGCAUGCGUUCUGGGGGGAUGCUCAGAGACAGUAAUUUAAGUCAGCCACUUCCAUCAGCGCAAAGUAACGUCGGAGUUCCUAAAGCGUACCUUCUCUGUUGGUGUAUACUUUCUAAAGCGUACCUUCUUUGUUGGUGUAAAGUGCGUUCUUUAUACAGCUGUGCACAACUCGCUUGAAAAUUCGCAGCCUACCUGUGCACUCGAGUGCCAUCAAACGCCCGUGCUGUUGAAUUUAUUUAUUUAUUUAUAUAAUAUUAGCUUCAAAACGUGUCAAGGAGCGGAGUGGAAGUGUAAUAAAAAGAACAUAACAGCAUACACAUUUUCUUAUUCUGGCUGAGCAGGUAGGCCCAUAAAUUUGGAGUCGAUAGUCAUACAAUCACGCAAGUAGAAAUAUAGAGAACUUUGUUCAUUGAAGUAUAAUUUCUUAUUUUUACUAGCAGGCAUGAAAUUAUUUUCUAAACGUAUGACCAUAUUGUCAAGUUGGCACUGCCUAAAUAAUAUGUUUGCUUACAUAGACUAUUUAGAGCCAUUCUUUUAUGUCUCUCUUUUUCGAAACUUCUGAACUUCAACCUAUACUAAUUUCUAAACACAUAAUAACGGAAGUGUCAGAUUUAUACCACGGCAAUGACAAAGCCCUUGACGAUUUCGCAUACAUUAUACUGCUUUAUCAUUCUGUCAGCUAAAAAAAGAAUAAGUUUACACAUUUAGGGCAUACUUUUCAGAAAAAAACGAAAGAUUAAAGGGAUCAUACAUAUUCUGCGAGCUAUGCGCCCACUUCCGAUGUCUUAGCAAGAUUUCCGAGUGAAUGGGUGCAUUAAGCGUACAAAAAAAAAACCCUCUCAUUCGGUGCUAUGAAUUAAUUUUUGCGCGGGAGAAAAGUUAUUUUCUCUCGCGCGAUAAAAUGUGACGUAAUAUUUCGCUUUCUUUUGCGCGCACAAUUGAGGGUCUUUUCUUGUGAUUUAAGGUGAAAGGCAUCUAUCUCUUCGCCUAGUUUUUACAGACGGUGCCCGGCUUUCAGCAUGUUUUUUUUCUUGAAUUUAGCUACUACUUUGUCUUCCCCCUACCCCUACCAUCUUUUCAACUGGACAUUGUGUCGAUUUUCAUUUUAAGCACGCAGCUUUAGGUGAUUACAAAAGAUUCAUGUUUUAGUUGCACUAAUAGGCUGGGUCCACCGGAAUCAUACAAUCACUCGCAAGCGACGUUCAUUCUUUUGAUGCACAAGCAACCCGCCACGCCGAAAUGCCUGUUAAAGCUUCCCGUUUCAUCAUACAAAGCAAGCUCAGCAGUGUUCGCGCGUCCAUUUUCAAGCCAUUUCUGAUGCAUGUAUAAGCCACAGGCUCUCCUCUGAUCGUGUCUUGAAUUCCACGUGUUGCGUCACCUGCUAUUCAUCCUUUUUUAUUUCCCCAUACACGAUUGCUUCAGCGCUUUCUUGAAUUCCCUUGGGUGUGCAGCUCCCCAAAGUUUUGUGUAAUCGCGCCGCUGGUGUUUUCUCUACAGUAUAAUAAUAUACGCGUGGUGUGGUCAAGUGGUUUUGGCUCCCACCAGGCUGACUGAACGCGGAAGUAAAAUAUGUAAAUAAGACUUCGCGCCAAUCAGUGAACUGCACGCCUGGCUCCUGGGAGGUCACAGAGCAGCGACCGUGGAUGGUUUUAACCGGUUGCCUUUCAGGUUGGCCUAUAACUGAUGAUGGCAAGUGGCACAUCUCUGUAGAUAUUGCCAAGUGAUCUCGCUUUUCCUCGGCGCACACUAGCCGUGCGUGUGCCGCUAUUUUUAUACUUUAUUUUUUCAGUACCCUCAACUGUAUAUACAUAGUAUAUGCCCCGCUAUUUAUGUCUGCAUCGUGUCAAAAUCUCGGCUAGUAUGGGUACCGAUAGAAUACCCGUUCUACAGCAUAUCCUUAGCGCUUCGUAGUAUCAUCGCUCGACAUCCAUCACUCUUCAUUUCCGUUCAUCCUUUGCAUUGCAAAGUUGCUGCUGUUGUCAGAAAGCCUAAUACAAAAAAAAAAUGUGAGCAAGGACGACACAAGAAUCACAUAAUGUAAGCACUCGCUUUUUAAUUUCUGUUUACCGUUCAACUUCUAACGUUAACUACUCGUGGAUACUGGCCCAACGAAUCGAGGAGUGUUUCUGAAUCAUAACAAACUUUGACACACAGUUAACGAGAUAGAAAAUUUUCAUUGUUAUUCUUUCAUCACGAAAGCUUUGAUUUCAACCAUCCAACCCCCUCUCUUUUUUUACACUGCAUCUACCCAGCUUUUUCAAGUUGCUUUGCGCGGAAGCCCUGCAUCUACCCGUGCUUCCCGUUUCUAGACUAGACUAGUGCUUCUCUCAUUAUCAGUUUGUACAGCUCACAGUGCCAUCCUUUGAGUAUAUCUUAUAUCAAACUUGUAACAAGGUACCCAUCUUGUAUGAAUGUCUCAAAUAAAUAAACAGA